AUGGGCUUCAAGGACUUCUUCAGCAAGUUGGGCAUGACCCAAGACGCGCACAAGGCCCAAGUCAACGACAGCCAGAGCACUGUAGCCACUCAGGCCCCUAGUUCUCGCACAUCAGAUGACGACCUUCCAUACCCUCCACGGCUGCGUAUCAUCCAAGGGGUGGCGGCUACCCCAGUCAAGAUCACAAGCCCUGCGUUCGCCCAAGAUGCCUUCACAACCCCGUCUCAAGUCAACACAACAUUGCUUGGGCGGAAGUUGAGUGAGGCGCUCCCUUUCCCCAAAAAGAACAAGCGCAGACAAUUGUCGGCCAAGCAGGCUCUGGAACAAAUGCAUGGAAGAUUAUCACCAUUUGUUAGUCCUCCUACAGUGUCGAAGGUGCCAGCCAAUUUCCAACCACUUCCACAGCAAGUAGAGGCAACGGUGGAAGCUUCCAAGUCAACCAAUGACAUAGACUCGGUCCCAUAUGUGGCACAACCUCAAAACGCUGUUGUAGACUCUCCUGCCAACUUGGCCAAGGCAUGCGGCGAACGCGCAAACAGUGCCACGAUCGAUGCAAUCGAGGAUCAAGACGAUGAAGCCUCCCUGACUACAAUUGAAGAGCCGUUAGUCUGGGUCUCAGAGACUGCAGAAAACUUCUUGAAUACCGGUGCAGGACCAGCAGCUCCCUCUUUCGCAGAGAAGCAGGACCAAAGCAAAAAGGUUCCAACUCUCGGGUUUGACGUCGUUGCUGAACAAUCCGAGGGCAGCACUAGCUCCAGCAGUGGCCCCUCGGAGACAACGUCAAGCCCAGCACAGACAGCAAACGUUUCGACGCCUUUCACUCCUGCUGAAACGGGCAAUCCAUCCACACUGUAUCAACAGUGCACUCCGCUGGAUGCAGUUGCUGAAGAAGGAAUCAACAAUGAAGCAUCUCCUCGAGAGGGGCUGGAUUCACCUUGCCCUAUGCCGCGUCCAUUGACAACCAUCAUUAGGACGACAUGCGAUAUUCCUCCGGUCGAGGAGCAUCAUGAACAUGGAUUUCACUUUCAUGUUCAUGCAAACAUUGCUCCAGUCGAAGAGGAGUCGCAUGAAGAUGAUGGUCAGGCGGACAUGCAACAACUUCAAGACGCUUUGAGCCAGAAAGAGUCGCUCAACCAGGGCUUACGACUGCAGUUGCUGGAACAGGAGGAGGAAGUCGCUAGACUUCAGAAACAGCUUCAGGCCACGCAACGAGAGCGUGACCUCUAUGAGGCUGAGCAAGAUGCGUCUGUGGAGGAAAUGCAAAAGCUUCACAAAGCCAUCGCCGUCAAAGACAAACAGAUCUCGGAAGAGAGUACCAAAGCAAACGAUGUUCUCCGCCAGCUGCAAAAUGCUCGAAGCAGCAUCGGCCUCGGGUCUGGCGAGCUCCUUGCUGAACAAGACCAAGCUCGUCAGCAAGCGCAGGCUGAAUUUCACCGCGCCCAGACCCUGCAAACCAUCGCCAACGCAGUGACGGCGGAGAGACCGAAUUUGGCGCAACGCAUUGCUCAUAUUGAAGCAAUUGCCAACAUGAACGCCCAGCGACAUGAAGCUGAGGCUAUGGAGCUGCGUGCCAAAGUUGACCACAUGCGUAAUGCCGGCAUGAUCCUGGAGCAACAGCUCAACUACCUUGUUGGCCUGAAAGAUACUGCAGAGGCCCGUGUUGAAGAACUCGAGGUGCGAGUUCAGUCUCUUCUUCAAGAUGUGACGGCGAAGUGGCUGGAAAAUCCAGUUGACGCAGAAAUGGAAGGAUUGGUAAAUCCUGGUACGCAGAAGCCGAAUGAGCUUCAUGAUGUCAAACAAGCUUUCGAACUGUCGCAGGCAAAGCUUAUGGCAGUCGCAGAGGUCAACCAGGACCUGCACGACACUGCGGCAGAACGCGAGAAGGAGCUGACGGAGCUCCGCCAGAAUAAUGAGCUGCUGAAAGACAAAGCAGCGAGACUCUCGUCAAGUUUCGAGAUCUGGAUGUCGAAGCUUGACAACUGGAUGCAGACAAUUCCUGGGAUCGUCAAGAUGCAUGACGAGAUUGAAGAGAUUCCUGGACUCAAGGAACUUCUCGAAGAGUCCGUCUUCCACGAACAGUGCAUCGCCAAGGAAUUGAGAGACAAGGGUGAUCUGGUGUCCCAGCUCGAAGCCAAGAUCCUGAAGCUGGAGCGCAAGCAUGGCGCCGAAAUUGAGGCGCUCGAACGGCAUGCAAGUGAGGUCCAAAAGGCAAAGGCUCGCCUUGACACGGAUAACUACGAACUCGCUUGUCACACGGAAGAUGCGCGAAAGGAGUCGGAGGCUCUGAAAGUGCAGCUGGCUCAGUGCGAGGACGAAGUCCAGCAGUGGAAAGCACAGUGCCUAGAGCAGGCCUAUGGAGAUACUGUGGAGAUUAUAGAGGCACAGCAAAAGGCCCACAUCAAGCACUAUACCGACCAGGUCGAGGCCUUACAAAACCGCUGCGAUUUAUUCUUCCGCGCCAAGGAACGUGCAGAAGGAGAUUGGUCAACCUUCAGAGUUGUGGUCGGGGAACAGAUGGCUGGUGUCGCUGACUUGGGCGCGGAGCGCGACUGGUAUCAGCAGCAAGUGGAAGCCUUGCGACAACGAUUCGAGCAUGAGCUGCUGGUCUGGCCGUUGAAAAUCCCAUAUCAACCGGCGCAUUCGCAUCUGUCGGCAGAGGAGAAGGAGGCCGUGAUCGCUGGAGAGGACCGCGUGAUUGCGAAAAUCACCGGAUAUCUGACAGGCCGAUCUGCUGCUCGUCCUCGAAAUGUCCAAGUGCUCGAAGUUUGGGAAGGAUUCGUUGCAUGGGCGUUGGGCAAGGCGGAGGAUGAUACAACAGGGAAAGGGAAAGGGACGGCGAGGGCCGAGCUUCAGCCUGAGCUGCCAACAAUGACGCCGCUCCCGCCACCAAAUCAACCUCAACAGGCAUAA